UUCACUUUCUUCUCCCAAAAACCUUGCAAAACCUUGAACAAAGCGAAAUGUUGCGGACCCUUCUUCGACGGGCAACGGGGUCGGGUUGCCCAAGGCCAGACCCGUGGAGGCUCACGGCGACGAUGAGUUACUCGUCUAAGGACAAUAAAUCGACGGUGAAGAAGACGAAGAAGGGCAAGGACAAAAACGACCCUGCAGCCGCAGCCGACGACGCCGUUUCGGACGUCGACGCGGCUCUCUUCGACGAAAAGGCUCGUGCUCGCCGGCUACAAGCCGAUGAAAAUGAUCCGUCGCUCGAUGUGGGGCCCAAUGGCCGCCCUCUGUUCACUGCCACUCCGACACUCUCUCAGCUCACGCGCAAGGACGCCUGCUCCUACUUCAAGCUCAAGAUGGAGGAAUUGAACAAUGUGUUGCCCGAGGGGUUGCCGUUGGGGAUGGUGAAGGAGUUCGAGGACGCGAUGCAGAGCGCCGUGCUAGUUCGCCAGAGCUUUCUUGAUCUCCGAGAUAAUUUUCGAUGGAUUGUGGAUCCUCCAUUGCACUCUUCUACCACCAAAGGUACAAAAGUUAGAAAGCAGAUUGUGUUGGACGGUCCUGUAAGUUGUGGAAAGAGUAUUGCUCUUUCAAUGUUAGUUCAAUGGGCUCGCGGGGAAGGUUGGUUGGUGUUAUAUGUCCCAAGAGGCAGGGACUGGACUUAUGGAGGCUUUUUCUAUAAAAACCCACAAACAGGUCUUUGGGACACACCUGUUCAGGCUGAAAAUAUUCUGAAGGACUUCCUGAAAUUUAAUGAAUCCCGUUUAAAACAAUUGUUCUGCCAAAUAUUUGAUCCUAUUCCACUGGGAGAGGGUGCUGGUGUUGGAUGGAUGAAAGAUGGAAUUGAUACCAUGGCAAUGCCUGAUGGUUCAACUCUGUAUGACCUGGUUGAUACAGGAAUCAAGCACACUCAUGCAGCUGUUGGAGUGGUAGUUCGUUUGAGGAAGGAGUUAUCUCUAGUGAAAGAUAUCCCCGUGCUUAUUGCAAUUGAUCAGUAUAAUAGCUGGUUUACGUUCAGUGAGUAUGAAGAGCCAGUAACUGUUCGUUCUACUCGACCAAUACAUGCUAAAGAACUUGCUACGGUGAAGGCUUUUAGAUCUAUGCGACAUGAUGACAUGAUGGUGGGUGCGUUUUCUCAUUCAACAGCAGUAGGAAAGCUCCGUCAAGACUUGCCAGAAGUGCCUACAGAUGCUCGCGUGAACUUUCCUCGCUACACUUUAGAUGAAGCAGCAGCUGUUUGCCAUUACUACCUUAGACAGAGGCUUAUACGCCGUGAAGCAUUCACGGAAGAGAACUGGAAGAAAAUAUACUAUUUGUCUAAUGGAAAUGGAGCAGAAAUUAGAUGGUUAGUUCCUUUGAUGCGGGGAGAUGGUAUGCAGGCAGAUGGUUAGUUCUCUGGUGCGGGGAACAGCAGGGAGAAGAUUUGUAUCACAGUAUUUACAGAAGACACAAAUUGGAAGAACUGCUCUUUUGCCUCCUUACCCAUUGAUUUUGAUAUUAUUCAAUCAUAUUGUUACCGUUUUUCAUUGAGUUAUUACUCAUGAUUGUAGCAAAAUAUCCUGUUUUUUAUCACUGAAACUUCUAGUGGGAUCAGUUUUCUUUGGCCAACGAGAUAAGCGUCUGAAGACAUUGUAUCAUAUGUAGAUCAGUUCACAUUUUGUAGUUUUGAUGUUGAAAGCCACUCUGUUUAUUGCAAGAUUUUUGUUUUUCUUC